CCAGGCCGCGGCGUGGCUUGUUAUUAUUGGCUUGGCUCUUGUGUUUGCGUCUGUCUUUGUGUGGAUCUGUGGCGCUUGGGGGGGCUGGCUGCAGUCAGAUGAGGAUGGCGCCCGCGGAUAUGUUCGCCGGCGCUCUGCUGUUCGGUGUCUGUGUUCUUUGUCCUCGGUGUUCCGCGCCAUCUCCUUGGGAUGGUUGUUUCGUGCGGUUCGUUUGUCUUCGGCUUCUGUCUUGCGGUGUUGUGGCUGGCUUCGCUUGUCCACUAGGUGGAUGCGGAGAGGCUUCGGCCAAAUUAAUUGAUGUGCUCCAUCUCCCCCCCGCCCCCUAGAGGCUUGAGGCACUAAAGAAAAUAACUAGCAGACUAACUUGCUUGCGGCGCUUGUGUCGUGUUUCAACUGUGUGUUUCUGCAGAUUUAUUAGUGGGGCUUUUUUGUUUCCUUCGCGGUAGAGACGCCUGCCAAGAAGAGCUCUCGGGGUGACCUUUCCCGGCUUCGACUGUGUUCUUGUUCAGUUUCCUUUAGGAAGGUUGCUCUUGCUCCCAGCGCUUUACCCUUCAGAGGCCCGCCGGUCAAACAUAAACAUGGAGCAGCGUGCUGUGAACUGCAGAACAGAAGCCCCGGCGCCCUCGCGUUCUGUUGUUAGCAGGCCGCCCUGAUCGGCUUUGAUAGGGUGUCUGUCUUGGUUCCCUUCUGUCUCUGUGAUUUCGCUGCUUGCUCCGUUUGUUUCUCGCGUGUCUCUCUCUCGGUGUUUCCAUAGCGGAGAAAGGCCACGCGGCCGGCAGCUCUGUCUCGUUUGUCGGUCGUCUCCUCUCGGCUUAGGUAUAAACACUCUGCGAGAGAAGUUGUGCUCUUCUUGUGCUCUUGAAUUCCAUCCGAGUUAUGUUUAGCUUCCCUAAUUUUCAUCGUAGCUUACUCUUGUUUAACGGUUCGGAUUCGGAAAAGGUUGGCUGCACAGGUAUAUUCUUAUCGUAGCGUUCUCGCCUAUCGUUCUGCAUAUAUCAUCAUCUUCAUCAUCGUCAUCGCUGCAGGUCGGUUGGUCUCGGCAAGAGUAAGAAUUUCCAAAAGAGAACGCGCGUCGUCGUCAGGGAAUCGGAAUCGAGCUCGCAUUUGCACGCAGAUCUCAUUCGAUCCUAGCUGCUAAAGACUGGAUGAUCAAACUGCAGAUUAACCAUGGAUCCAACGGCCUGCGCAGUCACCUCGUUCGCGUGAGAUCACAAGGAAUGGGAUGAUCCCCAUGCCGGUCGAGACUAUAGUUUUUGUUCCUGGAUUUUGUAUUGGCUCGUGCUUGUAGUUAGUUCGCUUUUUGUUUGAGUUCUUGUUGAGUACCGUUAUUGCGCCGUAGUUAUAUUCUUAUCCAUUCUUGAUCCAGAUUCAGUGAAAAUUUUGAUUUCAUUAGGUUCCUUUGGAGUGUAUGAUUGACAUUCAUCAUGAGCGUCACUUUGUUAUUAUAACUUACGGAUGUUGAUACUUGAUGGAGGUUGACAUAGAUCGUUUUUAGUCCGAAGCAUGCACGACGUAGAUUAAGUUGUCCUUAGCUGUUGAUGUCCUUGUUCGGCUUCGGUUUUCGCUGAUGAAGCUAACAAAUUCCAUCAUCCUUUUUCCCCUUUGACUUUUUCUUUGUUGUCUCCGCCGUCGACUAUUUCUGUAAUCCUUGAAAAAAAAGUCAUCGACCACACUAGAAGUUAGUACCGCGAAAAAAUGCAGCAACACCCUAAGUCAGCGCAUCGAGUUCCGGUGGACUAUGCUGUGCUUGGUGAGAAAUACAGCUAUUUUCGAGAGUGCCUUGUGAAAUCGACAUCAGGGUCAAAAUCGUCUCACUCGACUACAAUUGACUACAAAGAUUCGCGGUCUUUGGCUUUGCUGGCGAAAGUUCUGCUGGAGCACCACUAUGGAAUCGUAGGUUGGAGGAUAGAGCCGCACUUGGAUGAUGCUCACAGGCCUGCAGGUGAUGAAGCGAGGAAGUCGCAUGGAGAGUUAAAUAACGAGACUGCCACUGUCAACGGGGAAGGGGAGAAGAAUCGCAACGUGAUCGACGAACAGGAUCCGGUAGAUGCUGGAUACGACGUCGAGCACAGAGAUAGAACGACACUAUCAUCGCAAAAUGCCGUAGAUUUCUGCGGCUAUCUUUGUCCUGCAGUGCCCCGGUCAGCGAACUAUAUCCACCACGUGGCAGAUUUGUUCCCAAGGCGAGGGAUGAAGGACCUCAGGCAUAAGAAUCUGCGAGUUUUUGACGUUGGCGUAGGGGUUAGCUGUAUAUUGCCCUUGCUCGGAACCGCGAUCUAUGGCUGGAACUUCACUGCUAGUGACGUCUCACCUGAGGUAGUCAGAUAUCUGAAGCAAAAUACAGUCGCAAAGUUGAUCGCUCAAGGGACUCCUCUGUGUUGUGGAACGACGACAACGUCGGACUUUUCGACGAGUGCAUCAUCAACAAAAAAGCCGGAAGAUCACCACCAGAAACAGACUUCUACUACAAAUGCAAAAGGUGGCACAUCAUCACCUCGGGAUGACAACGCCAGCGACUAUCACAAAGGAUGGCCACUACAAGCAGUUUCUUGCGACGUUCGUCUUCAAAAAGACCCACAGAAAGUUUUUGACGGCGUAGUGAGAAUGAAGGAAAUGCAGGAUUAUUUCGCAUGCUGUAUUUGCAAUCCGCCGUUCCAUGAAAACGCAGCUUUUGCACGUGCAAGCACGCAAGGAAAGUGGAAGAACAUUACUAAUGCUCAGGCACACGACGAUCAAGCGGGCAAUAACAACAGGAACUAUCAAGGUCGCCUUCAUGAAUUAGUGACGGUUGGUGGCGAAGUCGGUUUUGCCCACAGAAUGCUUGGAGAAGGAAUGCGGAUGGCGGAUAAAAGUACGUUCUUGUGGCAUACGGUCAUGGUCUCAAGAUGGAAAACCGUAGAAGCGUGGAAAGGCUGGAUGAGUACUUACGCUUCUGUUAAUCUUAUGGCGCGGGAGGACCAAGAAGGAGGUGGAGAUAGAACAUCAUACCAUGCGGACACAGACUGCGGCUCCCAAAUGAGUACCAAAAAUCCAACGGCAGAAAAGAGAGCAACGCAUUCUGGGUCAACAGCAUUUAAAGCCCUGCUUCACCCUGUCAAGAGGUUUCGAGUUUGCGAGCUGCAUCAAGGCAAGAGUACAAAAUGGGCCUUAUGCUGGUCUUUUGUCGACGAAACAGAACAAGAGAAUGCCUUGGAAACGGGAAGAUACCAUGAUGACGAACGGAGUGCUGCUCUGAUGGCGAAAACGAAGAAUGAGUGGAAAGAUGAUUUUUUCGCGUGGUGCGAAUCCGAAGGGAGUGGCAAUCAACUGGGUGGCAGUGCGGAGAUUAGAGGCGACGAAAAUGUUGAUGGGGCAGCGAAGCGGCGUCGUGUUGGCGAUUCUACGGAUUAGCAUUCUCCUUUAGUUACAAUUACAAUUACUUUGAUAAUGGCGCUAAGUCAACUAAGAACUGCACAAAAACGGCCACUAUUGUCGCCUCCUCGUCCUGGAAGUGCUCCGCUUAGCGGCUUUUGCAACUUGCUUCCUCUUGGUUUUUCUGUCUUUUGGUUUCGUUUCAUGUGAUUCCCCGCGCCCCUCCAGAGUCCACCGCAUCAGCCUGCAACGAACUGUGUGCCUGGGGAUUCUGGAGGGGCGCGGGGAUUUGGAGGGCGCCCGAGGUUCUUGGUUCGCAAUUGGGGGAGGGUUUUCCCGAGGAGAGCGCAGUAGGCGGCGAGUGUUCUGCGGAUUUGUAUCAUGCCCGGCGAGAUUGAAUCUUGUCCGGAUUUUUGCAGUCCUUCGUUGAAUUUUCUCCAAUGUAUUAAAUCAACCACAACCGUUAGCUACGACAACGUCACCGACGUGAGCGUGGAGUUUGUCUACCCUCGUCUUAUUUUGAAACUGAAGAUUUUUAUGGUCUGCACUGAAAGUCAGAGAGACAACUGCUCUCACAGCAAACGUUGUUUCCUCUCCCCGAAUAGAAGAAACGUUGACGGUCCCCAGAAGUCUGACUGACUCUCAAUACCUGGGCAUAGUCGAAGUGUGCUAUAUGAAUGGAUGCUAUAUUAUGACUAUUUCGAGC